AUGGAUACUGUGCAAAUAGAGCAUGCCAUUGCUCUGACCAACUCCACAACUACUCCAGAAGCAAGCAAUGAAGAAUACAGCAACACCCAUGGUGACAGCAAUGGUGAGAUUUCCGUGGCCACUGGCAUUGGUGGUGACGGCGGGCAGGACUCCAUGAGUGAUUCAUCCAGGAGGUCUUUGUCAGUUGAAUUUGAUUUCUUGUGGAAACUGCGGAAGUAUUUGGUACUGCUUGCAAGCUUGGCCGUUGGUGUGACAUACAAUUCUGGAUUAACACCACCGGGAGGAUUUUGGAAUACAACCAAAGAUGGCCAUGAAGCUGGUGACCCUGCCCUUCGUGUUGAGUUCUACCAGCGGUAUGAGAUAUUCUUUUACUGCAACGCAACAGCCUUUGCUGCAUCUCUUGUCUUAAUCGUCUUGCUUCUAAGCAAGAGAGUGACCAAGAAGGAGUUAUGGCUCCGUUCGAUGCAAUUUACCAUGCUAGUGGACCUAUUCAGUCUGAUGGCGGCCUAUGUUGCUGGGAGCUGCAGGGCACUCAAGUCAUCCAUCUACAUAUUGGCUCUAUUCAUUAUUGCUUUUGCAUAUAUUUUGAUUCACAUCCUAGUAUCCACCUGGAUUGUUCCAGAAACAUUCAAAAACAAGGUGACGACCAAGGUGAACGAAAUUCUAUCCAAAUUGGGUAUUCCUGAUGUGCAGAGUAGUCGCAAAGAGAAAAAAGACCUUGAGGAGGCUCGGAAGUUUAUUCUGAUGCUUGUAACUUUUGCUGCUACUGUCACAUACCAAGCAGGGUUGAGUCCACCAGGUGGAUUUUGGGCUGAAAAUGAUUACAAGCAACGUCCAGCUACUCCUGUUCUUCGCAGUCACUACCUGCCCCGUUAUAAUAUAUUUAUCAGUUGCAAUUCAACUUCCUUUGUGGCGUCUUUGGUUACAAUCAUACUUCUUCUGAGCCCAGAAUUGAGCAGGCAUGGAAUAAGGUCAAAAGCAGUGAUUGUUUGUGUGCUAGCUGACCUGUUCUUCCUGAUUGGUGCUUAUGCUGCUGGGUGCUGUAGGGAUGUAACGACAUCAUUCUAUGUUAUGUUUAUUAUCAUCAUAGUUUUGAUCUGCAUUGUCCUUUUAGCUUGGAUCUUUGCUUACGGUCCUGUAGCAGAAUGCCUACAAAAGAUCAAAUUAAGCACUAAACGGUGCAUGAGUGUGCUCUCAUCAAAUUUUGGUAGUAAUAGAUUGAGCAAUGCAGAUCAGGAGGGUUCUAAUGCAAGAUGUCACCAGGCUUCAGUCCAUGAUCCAGGUGCACCGACAGGUGAACAUGCAGUAAAUCAGCAUGUUUCAAAUACUGAGGAGUCCUCUGUGGAGUAUCCGCCUGAAGACAUCCGGAAAACAGAAAACAGUGAGGAAUCAUUCUCCAACUCUUGGCAUACAUCGGUCAACAGUCCACAAUCAGCAAAUACCAAGGAUCUGGUGUCCAAUAUGGACAAUGAAUCUACAGACAACCAUCUAGUUGCAAAUAUGAAGGAGUCUCUGACCAGCACAGAGCGAUCAUCAUUCAGCUGCCAGGAAACAUCAGAUUGCAAUGGUGUGUCUGCAGAUAGACAACAAGUUAUAGGUAUGAAUAAGGAGAAAUCUUCUUUUGAUGUCAGGACUACUGAUAUGCCAGCAACUGGCUCUUCUGAACAAACUAUGUUAGCCGGUGACUCUAAUGGAGCCACUAAUGAUGUCAUAGAGGAUGAAAGGCCUUCUUUGCCUGCAGAAACCAUUGUUAAUGUGGAAUCUGCAGAGCAACAGACUUCAAUGGGGUAUAGUAACCAUGGCAUUGAAAAUGGUGGCGUUAACAAUAAUGCAGAACAUGAGAAUGGGAAUGGACAUAUAAACAGCCAUCAAGGAGCACCAGAUAAAAAUUCUCAUGGAAAUUCAACUGAAGAUCAUCUAGAGAAGACCCGUACAUAUCUGCUUCUUCUUGCUAUUCUUGCAGUAUCUCUGACAUAUCAAUCAGGUCUGAAUCCACCAGGUGGCUUCUGGUCAAGAACUGAGAAUAAUCAUUCAGCUGGUGAUCGCGUCCUCGAGGACACUGACCAUCCACGCUUCAUUGCAUUCUUCUAUCUCAAUGCUGUUGCAUUUGUGGCAUCUAUUGUCAUCAUUGUUAUGCUCCUGGACAAGACUAUGAGCAGGAAGGUUACAAAACAUCGUGUAUUGCAGCUAGCUAUGAUAGUGGACUUACUUUCCUUAACUGGGGCCUUUGUCAUGGGGAGCUGCAGGGAGCCAAAUAAGUCAAUUUCCACAUCAGUAUUAUUGUUUCUUGUGCCUGCUUAUGUUGCUCUUCAUGUUCUAGCGAUUCAUAUAAUCUCUCCACUGGUUCCAGAUAAAGUAAAGCAGCUCUCGUGUGGGAAUGUGUGGUCAGCAUUUCUUCAAUUACGCCACAAGCAGACAGGGAAUAAAACUGAGGCAAAGGAAUUGGAACGGAGGCGUAAUCUACUAUUGACACUUUCUAUUAUAGCAGCAACUGUGACAUACCAAGCUGGUAUAAACCCUCCAGGCAGUGUAUGGUCUGAUGACAAAGAUGUCAGUGGUAGACCAGGAAACCCAAUCCUUCAGGACAACCACCCAAGGCGAUAUGAUGUGUUCUACUACUCAAAUUCAAUCUCAUUUGUGUCAUCUGUUGCUAUCACAAUACUACUUGUGAAUAAGGAAUCAUGUGAGCGUGGAAUCAAAUCUUAUGCACUGCGAGUGUGUUUGGUGGUCGGUUUAGUUGGCCUCUUGGUGGCCUAUGUUGCAGGAAGCUGCAGGUAUAAAAAGCAAUCCAUCUUUGUCAUCAUCAUUGCUGUGGCUGUCCUAGUAUCCCUUGUGAUUCAAGUCCUACUAUCUUCGAUGUAUGAAACACUACGAACACCAUUGGCUAAACUUAUGGAAUGUCUGCAACAGCUUAUGGAAUAUCUGCAAAGGUGUUUUUUUCGUACAGAGAAGGUUAGGCGAGAGAUUAUUCCUGAGUCGCCGGAAACUAAAGAGUGUGGUAAAAAAAGAGAGAGAAAGAGACAUAAGAGUCUCAUGCUUAUUGCCACUUUAGCAGCCUCUGUCACAUACCAAGCAGGUCUGAAUCCGCCUGGUGGAUUCAGGUCUGAUGACGACGACAAUGGCCAUUUUGCAGGUGAUCCACUUCUCCGUGAUAUUAACCAUCGACGCUACAAGACAUUCUUCUGCUUCAAUGCUAUCUCCUUCAUGGCCUCUAUUGUUGUGAUAAUGCUUCUGCUGAGUAAAUCUAUUAGGAAGAAACCUGUCCGACUUGAGGUACUGCUCCUGAUUAUGAUACUGGAUCUGCUGUCUGUCAUGACAGCUUUUGCUGCAGGAAGCUGCCGGAAACUCAGUACUUCGAUCUAUGUCUUUUUGCUGGUAGCUGGCGUCGUAAUAUAUCUUGUAUUCCUUGUUGUUAUCUCGAGAGUCAUUGGAAAAUGUCACAAAAAGUAG